AUGAGCAUUCAAUUCACAAUAGCUGGUACUGGCCCAGUGGACACCCAAAACAAGAAAAUUUUCAACCAAAAUCUCAGUCACAUAGUAAAAGGACAUCUGGACUACUCCAGAAAGCUUUCUGAAGUUUUAGCUGCAGUUGGUAUCAGCGUCAAACGAUCAUCUUCCACAGACUUCGAGAACGGUUACGAAGCAGUUGGUGAAGCACAGGAUGCUGUUGUAAUGAAGGAUGAUUCUACUGAAAACACCUCUGACAUUGUAGAGCAGGCUGUAGACGGACUACGCGAAAUCUCUGUCAAAGAUAAGAAAAUUUUGUCACAAUUAUAA